CGACGGAAGCCGAGAGGGACCUGGGGCGGAAGGGGACCCGGGCCAGGCUUGUGUUCGGUGCCUUGGCGGGGCUGGGGUUCCGAUGUGGUCCCCGGGGCGGGAGGCCCAGGCCCCGACCGGGGGAGACCCGGCGGGCCUCCUGCCGCCCGAGUGGGAGGAGGAUGAGGAGCGCAUGUCUUUCCUGUUCUCCGCUUUCAAGAGGAGCCGCGAGGUGAACAGCACCGACUGGGACAGCAAGAUGGGCUUCUGGGCGCCGUUGGUGCUGAGCCACAGCCGCCGCCAAGGGGUGGUGCGCCUGCGUCUGCGGGACUUGCAGGAGGCCUUCCAGCGCAAGGGCAGUGUCCCCCUGGGGCUGGCCACCGUGCUGCAGGACCUGCUGCGUCGAGGCGAGCUGCAGCGAGAAUCAGACUUCAUGGCCAGCGUGGACAGCAGCUGGAUCUCCUGGGGGGUUGGAGUCUUCCUGCUGAAGCCCCUCAAGUGGACUCUCUCGAACAUGCUCGGGGAUAACAAAGUUCCAGCUGAGGAGGUGCUCGUGGCUGUGGAGCUGCUUAAGGAAAAGGCUGAGGAGGUUUAUCGCCUGUACCAGAACUCACCCCUCUCCUCCCACCCUGUGGUGGCCCUGUCAGAGCUGAGUACUCUGUGUGCCAACUCCUGCCCGGACGAGAGGACCUUCUACCUGGUGCUGCUGCAGCUGCAGAAGGAGAAGAGAGUCACGGUCUUGGAGCAGAACGGAGAGAAGAUUGUGAAGUUUGCCAGGGGACCACAUGCCAAAGUGUCUCCUGUCAACGAUGUGGAUGUUGGGGUCUACCAGCUGAUGCAGAGUGAGCAGCUUCUCUCUCGAAAGGUUGAGUCUUUAUCCCAAGAAUCUGAGAGGUGCAAAGAGGAAGCCCGCCGAGCAUGCCGAGCUGGAAAGAAGCAGUUGGCACUGAGGUCUCUCAAGGCCAAGCAGAGGACAGAGAAACGCAUUUUGGACAUCCUCCUUCAGGACACCACCAAAGAACCUUUGGACCUGCCCGACAACCCCCAUGAGACGCUUUAUACCAACAGUGUGCCUAAGCCUAGGAUCUUAGAUGCUGAACUUGAAGCUGAACUUGAGAAACUGUCCUUAUCAGAAGGAGGUUUGCAGGUCCCAAGCAGUAAAUCUCCAAAAAGGCAAUUGGAGCCGACUCUCUAAAGCCAUUGCAGGAACUCAAGGGAAGGACCCUCGCUCAUGUAAGAGAGGGACGACAGCCUUGUGUGUGUACAUAGUUAUUUAAUGAGAACCACUGCGAUGUUGUUAAGAGGAGGAAAGAACCACUCGGAUGGAUCUGGACGCUGCCACUCCUGACAGGACAGAUACAGCUCCUGGAAGCCAUGCUGUGAAGGUGUGCUCCCAGCUGCUGUCAUGGACCUCCCUUCUCGUCUUUCUAGUGCCACAGUUUAUACAGUCCUGUGUUUGACCGUCGUCUCUGAUAGCCUGCAGAUCUCGCCAUUGGCUCCGUUAGGUUUGUCUUCACCCACCAGCUUCGUUCCGGCCAGUGAAGGGGAAAGGUUCGCAGCUUUGCCCACCAGAGCCAGCCCUGUCUUCCACUCCUGAGGUCUUUAAAACCAAGUUUGUUAUCUGCAAUGCCCUUCAGCUGCUCCCCUGCCCCCUGCUUUAUUGGAAUUAAGAAUGAGAGUCAAACAAGUUUGACUCAGAGACCUAACAGCGGAGUGUCUGGAGAAGCCUUGUCCACAAGACGUUUCUCUACAUGCUUUGUCAAAUUCUCUGGGUGUUCAUGCUCUGAGUGGUUCAGGGUCCUGGCAGUUGCGGGGUUGGCUUGUGUCAUUGGGGGCCAGAACCUCUUCCAUCCUAGGCAGAAGCAGAUCUGCUGAUGGAGUUGGGCAAAGGGUUAAUCUGUCCUUUGAAGCUGAGCAGGAGAAACCCAAGUCAACCACAGGCCCCAUGGUGUGAAAGAAGCUAAGUUUUGCUUUGGCCCCAUCAUAAAUUACAUGUGUUUUCUGGAGCAAGCCACGUGGUGCCACAUUCCCUGUUUCUUGAGCCUGACACUCGCUGCAGGCUCCCUGUUAGGAUCUGGAAAGCAGUUUACCUGUAUCCAGCACUCAGGGCAGGGGGCCUGAGCCAGGAUGUGCAAUAGGAGGAGGUGACCCUGACCUGCUGCAUCGGCUGUGUGCUGCCGCCGCCGGCCCAGCUCUGCCCUGCUCUGCCCCGCACCUGCCUCCUGCAGGCGCACCUUCUUUCUGUGAACUGCAGGGCAGGCAGGAAAGGGUAGGUCCGCAUGCUCGGAUGGCAGCGUGGAGAGAAAAAUGACAGCCACACUGCCAGCCUGCUGUCCAGGACGAUGACUGCCUGGAUCUCUUUGCACUGCCCCUCCUGCUUGAGGCAGCACAGAGCAGAGGGGAGGACUUUGCUUCCGGCCAGGAGCACGAAUCACUGUUCAGCAAGUCUCUCCCACUCAGCUUUGGCGGACGGAAAUAUUGGGGGUGAAGAAAAACAAUCACUAUUUUUUCUUUUUUAAUCUGGUAAAUAAUUAAAAGAGAAAAACACUA